CCCAACUCAUGGAACACCCAUAACUACACUUACGCCUACCUUUUUCCCAUAUGUGGAACACCCAGAACUCAACAAACAAUCACUUGAAUAGUUCAUACCCAUCCUUCACUACAGGAAGCAUCAGAAUGAUGCCACAAACUCCAAAAGUCUUAGACACUAAUGACUAUUCACAAACGUUGGGGAUAUCACAGCAGAUAUUUAAAGGAGAUGGAGAAUUGGCAGGAACUGGGCAGCAAUCAUUAUGUACAGAGAGUAAUUUAGUCAUCAAACAAGAGGACAACAUUUAUGACUUAUCUAGUGAAAUGAUUAUCCCAGAGGAUAAACCACACACAUUUACUGAGUUUUCAAAACAUGUAAAAGAAGGGGAAAGUCUUAAGUCUAGCCAAAUGAUUCAUACAAAUAAGAAACCAUUCAAAUGUACAGAAUGUGAGAAAGGAUUCACAUGUAAUUUGCAUUUCCUUGAACACCACACAGUUCACACAGUUGUGAAACCUCACACGUGUACAGAAUGUGGGAGAUGUUUCACAUCUAAAGGAAGCCUUACGUGUCACAAAAAGACCCACACAAGGGAGAAACCUUUCAUGUACACGUGCACACUCCUGAGUAAACCUAGGAGUACUCUUUAA